GAUGUUGCAUGACCAAACCUGAGGUGAUCUUCAAAUUGGAGCAUGGAUUUGGGCCAUGGCCUGUGAUAGAAUCCUCUGUCUGCAGCCUUCCAGGUACUCAUAAAAAGCCUGCCUGGAAUGAGACUGACCAGGAAAAUCACAAAGGAUAUUUGUGGCAAGUUGAAAUUGCCAACACCAAGACAUCAAAUGACAAAAUUGUUGAAGCAGACCUGAAGGUGGCACGGAAGAUCCAACAAGGGACAAAAUCCUGUGAAGAUAAAGAAUGCGUGAAGGCAUUUAUCCAGGAGUCACAGCACACGAGGAGUCAGAUAACAUGUAAGAAAAGCAUCCGUUAUAAGUCACCUCUCAAUAACUGUCAGAGGCUUCUUAAUGAGGAGACACUGUAUACACAGAGACAGUGCAGGAGGUCACACCUGGCAGAACAUCAGAAAAGUCUCGAAGGGGAGAAGCCAUAUGAAAGCUCCGGAUAUGGGAAAGCUUCCCACACCAAGUCUCAGCCUCAGAACACUCACAGAGACGAGAAGCCCUACCAAUGUCUAGAAUGUGGGAAAUAUUUCUACUACAAGUCACAAAUCAUUGAGCAUCAAAGAAGUCAUACAGGAGAGAAGCCUUAUAAGUGUACAGAAUGUGGAAAAUCUUUUGGCUAUAAAGCACAUCUCACUAUACAUUCCAGAAGUCACACAGGUGAGAAGCCUUAUCAAUGUACAGAAUGUAGAGAAUUUUUUUACUGUAAGUCGCAACUCACAAAGCACCAGAAAAGUCAUACAGGGGAGAAGCGCUAUGAAUGUGUGCAAUGCCCCGAAGCUUUCUACUUUAAGAAACAACUCGCUCAUCAUGAGAAAACUCAUAGUGCUGAAAAGCACUUUAAAUGUAAAUAGUGUGGAAAAGCAUUUUACUGCAAGUCCCACCUCACUGUGCAUCAGAGAACUCAUAUAAGUGAAAAACUCUAUCAACGUUCACAGUGCAGGAAAACAUUCUACUCUCAGACACAGCUUUCUGUGCAUCAGAGAAUUCACACUGAUGAGAAGCCCUAUGAAUGUAAGCAAUGUGGAAAAACAUUCUACAGCAAGUCUGGGCUUCCUGCACAUCAGAAAACUCAUACGGGUGAGAAGCCCUAUGCAUGUAAAGAAUGUGGAAAAGCAUUCUAUAACAAGUACCUGCUCAUUGAGCAUCAUAGAGUUCACACAGGUGAGAAGCCCUAUCAAUGUACAGAAUGCAAGAAAGCAUUCUACUGCAAAAAAUACCUUUCUCUACAUCAGAAAACUCACGCAAGUGAGAAGUCAUUUCAUUGUGCAGAGUGUGGAAAAGCUUUCUCCUGGCUGUCACACCUGACUCAACAUCAGAGAAUUCAUACAGGGGAGAAGCCCUAUGCAUGUGAACACUGUAGAAAGACUUUCUACUUCAAGAAACAACUCACUCGACAUCAUAGAACACACAAGAAGUCAUGA